AUGAGCAAGAAUAUCCAGGAAUUAAGGGAAGCACUGGAAAGACAAACAAAAGAGACUCUGAAACUCCAAGAAGAAGCAACCAAAUUUACAAUGGAAUCAAUCACACAUUCUCUGAGUCAUGAAGAGACUUUAUCAAGUGGCAACAUUCCCAGUGGGCGUGCUGCUAGCCCACUUUUCAGCAAUCAGAAUGUAUUAGCAUCUUCCAUUCGCAGCACAGUGAUGGAAACCUCUACCUCUGCUAGUGCUGGCAGUAGUCCACCCAAAACUGUCUUGUAUUCUAAAUAUGAAGUGGACAUUGAUACCCAGAAGAGAAGCACUAGUUAUCCUGGAAAAGAGCACAUUGAGAGCAUCUUGGAAGGGUACUCACAGCAAGUCAGAGAUCUGCAGAAGAGGCUAAAUGAUAACACUGAACUGCACGAACAACAGAAGUUCAAUUUAAGACAGACAAUCGUUGAUUUGCAGACCAAAUUUCAGGAGGUGCAAAUGGAGAGAGAUGCUCUCGUGGAUAUCAGACGAAGAGAAUCCCAGAGCCAGGAGGACAUCAAAAUACAGCUACAGGCUACAGUUCAUGAACUGGAAACAGCCAACCACCUUCAGGAGGAGAUGCUGAGGGAGGCCAACAGCCAAACUGAGCAUCUGAAAAAGAUGGUACAUGGCCAUGAGGAAGUGCUCCACGAACUGCGGGGCGUCCUAGUGGACUAUGAAGACAGCACAGGCAAGAGGGUGUAUGAGCACGAGAACAUCAGCGGUCUCCAUAUCCGCAACCUGGGCACAGCUUUUAGUAAAGUCCUGCGAGAUUUAGACUCAGAGGUGUCGUAUCUCAAAGGGAGGAUUUUCCCGUUGGAGGAACAACUUGAAUCACUGAAAAAAGAAUCACAGGCCAAAACAGAACUUCUGCUUCAACAACAUCAAGAUAGGAUUGAGCAACUAAUAAAUGAACAUGAACAGGAGGUGGCAGCACUGACUGAUAAAACCAACAGCGCACGCAGCCAUGCAAACAGUAUUCAAAGCCAGAUGGAGAUCAUUCAAGAACAAACACGAAACCAGAAUUCAAUGUACAUGCGUCAGGUCAGCCAACUGGAAUCCACUGUUUCUCAGCUGCGUUCUGAAUUACGGGAAGCUAAAAGGAUGUAUGAAGACAAGAUAGAAGAUUUGGAAAAGCAAUUGCACCUGGCUCAUUCUGAGAUGGCAGAGGCACAAACUGAACGGGAUCAAUACAGUCAAGAAUCUGGAAAUCUGGAUGAUCAGCUUCAGCAGCUGCUGGCUGAUGUACAUAAAAAAGAGAUGGAACUGAGUCUGGAAAAGGAGCAGAACAAGCGGCUUUGGGAUCGGGACACUGGCAACAGCAUCACCAUUGACCACCUACGGCGAGAACUGGACAACAAGAAUAUGGAAUUGCAGCGCAUGGAGAACAUAAUGAAGACAAUGAAGACCGAGUGUCAGGGACAAAUGGAACGUCAGAUGACUGCAAUUAAGGAAAAGAAUGAAAGCAUUGAAAGAGUCUCCUCCUUGACUGCCCAGCUAGAAUCAACCAAAGAGAUGCUCCGUAAAGUGGUUGAAGAUCUGACAGCCAAGAAGAUCAAUCUGGAGGCUUCUGAGAGAACAGUGUCUGACUUGACAGCCUGCCUGCAAGAGAAGGAGAGAGCCAUUGAAAUUACCAAUGAGGAAAUCAAGAAGCUCCGGUCACGGGUAGAUAGUAAGUUGCAGGAGCUCCAGCUCUUAAAGAAUGAAGGGGACUACUUACAAAAUGUGCAGUCGGAGUGUGAGACACUGAAACUGCAGGUGAUGGAAAAGGAAAGAGUUAUUGAGAUCUUCCAAAAGCAAAUUGAGAACAUGACCCAGAUUGUGGGCCAGCAUGGCCGAACUGCUGGUGCAAUGGAGGUGGAGAAAUCUCAGCUUGUGAAAGAAAUCAGUGACAGGAAACUGGAAGUACAAGAACUUAAGAUUGCGAUGGACAAGAAAGAAGACAGAAUCCGUGAAAUGGAGGCCAGAUUGAGUGAGCUGGAGCUGGAAAAAGUUAAACUGAUAAAUACCUGCACUGAGAGGCUCCGUGCAGUAAAGGAUAUGAAACUGGAAAGAGACCAACUAAUGAAUGAGCUGAAAGCCAGUCGCACUGAGCUAGCUGGCCUCGCAGAGGAAUAUGAAAAUUUAAAGAGGAAUUAUCGAGACAAAAGCGAAGAGAUGGAAGGUAUCACGAGCAAACUCAGAAUGCAAUUGAAAUCUGCCCAGGCUGAACUGGAACAAACCAGAGCCACUUUAAAGACUAUGGAAGGUUCCGACGGCCAUGCUAUGAAAGUUGCAAUGGGAAUGCAGAAGCAAAUCACAGCCAAGAGAGGACAGAUAGAUGCAUUGCAGAGCAAGAUUAAAUUCUUGGAGGAGGCAAUGACAAAUGCAACUAAGGAGAAGCAUUAUCUGAAAGAAGAGAAAAAUAAACUGAGCCAAGAACUGAGUUGUAUUGCAACAGAAAACAACAAGAUGACUGGAGAGCUGGAGAUCCUAAGGUCACAAGAUCGACGUUUGAAAGAAAAGAUUGCUAACAUGGAGGCAGCUCUUGAUAAGGCAUCUAUGCAAUUUGCAGAAUGUCAGUGCAUAAUCCAGUGUCAGGAGCAAGAAGCUAUGCGCUUCAAACUGCAACACGCUUUGGAUAUAAAAGACCUAGAUGCUGCAAGUAGAGAAUCUGCUGUCACAUGCAGCUUGCGACAGGAUAUAUACAGCAAAGAUGCUGCCGUGAGAGACUCCGCUCCUGAAGGCAGCUUGGGGCAGGAUACUUUCAGCAGGGAGCCUUUAACUUUACAUGUUUCGGAUCUUGAGGACCAAACUGCUACCUUGUCUUUCACACCCACUGCAAGUCCAUCCAUCUUCACUGCCGCUCCUCGUUAUGCCUCUUCCGCAAAGAAGUUCUCCCAGGAGGAGAGAUACAAAGAUAGGUCUCCAGUGCACUCACUGUUAACUGCUCCGCUAGAUGACCUGAAGGCUGUCCCUAGUACCUCAGCAGACCAUAGACCAUCUUUGAGGAAGAGUAGCUCACCAGAAGCUACAACUGCCCGGAAAACUUCUCAGCCUGUGGAAACCAGUGGGACCACAUGCAGGCAGCUACAGAACAAGAUGGAAAACCUACAAAACCUGGUGGAAACGUUACAGAUGAAAAACCAAGCAAUGUCUUCAAUGAUCCGCUGUCAGGAAAAGAAGAUUGAGAAAGUGAAGGAAAAGGAGAAAAAGCUAACAAAAUAAAGAAACUCUG